AUGUAUAAUAUUAAAGUCUAUUUGCACGUUCAUUGUUAUCAGAAGUUUGAAAACGAGACAGAUAACAAAAUGUCAAGUAAAAUUGCGAGAUCGGACAUUUUGAAAACGUCAAGUUUCGGUCUACGACCAGGCGGCUUCCUGCACUUCUUCAUCUGGAUGAUGAUUGAUACAUUCUUAAUGCUUUUAAUGACGGUGGGAAUGCUUGUCAUGGUUAACAAAAUAAAUGGCCUAUGUAACUGGAUAACGGAGAAUAAAUGGAUCUCAAUUCUUUUGAUACUACUUGCAGCACUUCCGAUGUUCAUCCUCGCAUUACUCAAAAUACUUAAAAUUCGCCGUGAUGUUGAUCACUUUCUGAUAGGAUUCAGUUUCCUACUAUGUUCCAUGGGAUUCGCCACUAUGUACCGGGGUUUCAAUAUCUUCAAUGCUUCAAUAUCUUUUGGUGUGACGAUAGCACUAACUACAUUUGUGAUCGUUUUGGCUUUAUACCUGCGAAAUUCAUCCACUGCUUUGACCAUCACACUAUUCGCAUUCAUGUGCGUUUUGGUGAUCACUGGAGUCAUUGUGUACGUUGUUCAGAUCAUACAACAUGUACCCCAGCGGAUUUACACAAAUACUAUUGCAGUUUCCUUCGGCAUAGCUGUGGCUUUAGCGAUGUUCUUGACAAUGAACAGACUGCGGUUUUGCA